AUGCCUCGAUUCUCCGGCGCCUUCAGUCGGCGCAAGUCCGUCGCUGACAACCUCGAAAAUGUCGACCUAAACGCACCGGCCCAGCCUUCAUUCAAGGUUUUAGAACGCAACACGCACACGGUGACUCGGUCUUUCGAUGGCGGUGCCAAGAUGGUUGCGCCUAAACCUCCCCCACAUACCUUCCUCAAGCCCGUCCACGACCCUCUUGAGGACAACAUGUUUGCUGACUUCAAAACCAGCCGGGGCAGCGGCCUUUCCAACACCACACAGGCCACCUCGACCGAUAACUCGUCCCGCCACAGCAAUGCAUCGACGGCACCCUCAUCUGCUGACAUGCACGGCACCGCCUCGCCUAUUGAGUCGCGCCAGGCGAGUAAGGCCCCUACGCCACCGGAACAUGGUUCACCUGCUCGUGGAACCUCCACAAAAUCUAUCAGCACUUCCUUGUUCAAAGCUCCUCGAACUUGGUCGUUUGGGGGGCAGAAGAAGCAUUCCAUUCCGCCUCCUCGAGACGAACCCCCCGUUCCCGACCUGCCCCCCGUAUUGACCAUACAAACUGGUUCCGCAAGCGUGUCAACCGAAACUGCCCGAUCGCCUGCCACUCCUGGCUCUGUUGAGGAGGAGAAAAAGGCCCUGGAUCUUGGUGGUGACUUUGGUGCCAUGUUCUCUAACCGUGGUCUGGACACCGUCCGCGAAACUCCCUCCAACCCCCGAUCUCUCACGGGAGCCCGGAAUAACACCAUACCUACUCCGGUGUCAGAGCCUUCGGUUCGCUCAGACACUACGCCAACGCCCACAUAUCCCAUCGAGUACAAGAAAUCCACCCCUUCUCCUGUCCAUGACGAGGAUGCGAAGCUCCUUCGUGACUCAUUUACUGCCAUGAAGUUCCUCGACAGCCCCCACGCUGGCAACGGAAUGUCAGCUACCGAAACAUUUUACACGCGACAACCUCGACAGGACCCCAUUGCUCGCAAGCCAGUCACCAUUGCUGAGAGCUUCUCCAAGGACAAGGAGGACAACCUGUUCGAGGGUCGCACAUAUUCUUUCGCGAAAAACAAUCACAGAUAUAUCAGUCAGCGAACUGCGCACCCUCCGCGUAACAAGGUUAUGACCCCAGCCGAGUUCGAGCAGUACAAACAAGAUAAGGAGAAGCAAGGCAUGACAGCAAAGACGACCGGUCCCGUUCCCAGCGUUGGUCGUUCAGCCCCAGCUUCGGCUCCCAAGCAGGACGAGGACGACGAGGACGAAAUCAACUACGAUGACGAUGAAGACGAGGCUGAGAAGUCCAAACAGCAAGUGAAGCAGCGCCGUAAGCAGGAGGCUCACAUGGCUGUUUACCGCCAGCAGAUGAUGAAGGUUACUGGAGAACACGCCGCCCCUACCAUCGUCCCGGCCCGUCCCAACCUGCCGGCGACCAUGAGCGCGCCGCAGCUUUCGACGAUGACGAUGAAGAACCCAACGAACCCCGCGGUUUCCGGCGUAUCCGACGAGGAUGAGGAUGACGAAGUGCCUCUUGCCAUUCUUCAAGCACACGGGUUUCCUGCUAAGAACAGGCCCCCGACUAUGUUGAAUGUAUCCGGCUCCAACCCGAACCUCCGAAACCCCUACCAGUCACCCAUCUCUCGCCCUCAGUCUGUCAUGGGCGACGCUUCGACGGGCCCAGCCAACCGACGAAACUCGAUGCUUCCCGCCUUUGCCCGCAACCUCCCGCAGGACCCCUUUGUUGGGGCUUCUAUCCACAGGCCUCCCGUCCGAGAGUCGCUUUCUUUUCACGAAGCUUCCCGCAAUAGCAGUGGCUUGCUGCACCCUGGUGGUCUGAUUGGCGUUAUUGCCAACGAAGAGCGCUCCAGAGCGCUGCGCCGUGGUAGCCCAAACAUUGAUGCCAGCAGACCGUUACCUCCGAAUAUGUUCCCCCAAGCUGGACCUGGUGGUUUUGACCCUGCUGCUGGUAUUCCUCACCAGAUGAUGUAUGGCCAGGGUGGCAUGAGCGGCAUGGGGGCCGGUCAAAUGAUGCCAGGAGCAAGCCCCGGAGAGCAGGCACAAAAACAAAUGACCCAGCAGAUGCAGCAGUUCAUGCAGAUGCAGAUGCAGUUCAUGCAGAUCAUGGCGAUGAACCAAAACCAGCAAAACUCGCCAGGCAUGCAGCAAAUGCCUCAAAUGCAACCAAUGCAACAGAUGCCACAGAUGUCACAGAUGCCACAGAUGUCACAGAUGCCACAGAUGCCACAGAUGCCACAGAUGCCCAACAACCCUUACCAGAUGCAACAGCAGCAGGGUCCCUUCGGUGCAACACAGUCCAUGGGCAAUCUGUCGUCUCGCCAGUCGGUCAUGGGCAUGGAGCCACCCAUGAUGGAUCGCUUCGAACCCAACAUGCGUACUAUGAGCAUGGUCCAGCCCCCAUCACAGUUCAUGGGUCACCACUCUGGCUAUGCAGGUUCCACUCACGGCUCUCUCUCUGGCGGCAUGGGCUAUGCUCCGUCCAUCGCCCCCUCUGAACGCAGCAAUGUCGGACUACCUGGCCGCUACAGGCCUGUCUCUCAAAUGAUCGCGCCUUCCUCCAAGCCCAACCACAUCACCACUUCGGCUACCAUGUCUGGCGGCCUAUCAGCGGGCUUGGCCAUCCCUGACCAGAGAAGCCAUUCGUCCCUCAAUGUGUCUCGGAAGACCUCUGAUGGAUCCGACGACGAGGAUGAGGAGUCUGGCUGGGCAGCUAUGAAAGCGAAGCGUGACAAGAAGCGAAGUCUGUGGCAUAGAAAGAAGCCUAUUAGUGGUGAUCUCACCAACGAGCAGCUUGCCGGUAUCUAA